AUACAGCGACUUUAAUGGACGGGUUUAUCUUACAAAUUUAGUUUUAAUGUGAAAAAUUGAUGAAAUAUCAUGCGACUAUCAAAAGCUCUAAGGAGUUUAUGUGCAUCUCUGUCUACUGUUUUGCUAGUUGUUGUGUUGUUAAUGUGCAAAGAUUGUUCUAAUAAUCAGCAAUUAUUUACGAGAAGUAAAGUUGGUAUGAGGGCGUCUCAUCAAGCACAACAUGAACCGCAUAUGCCGCAAAAAAACAAAAAGGAAGGGGAAUUUCGUUGUCAAGUGAGAGAUUUCGGUUGCAUCAGUUUUCAAAGAGACAAAGAUAUCUUUAAUAAAUCUAAAGCUUUGUUGGCAAAGAAGAUUUCAACACAAGAAUGCUUGUUGCUUUGCUUUAAAAGACAUUACAAACUGGCAGCAAUUCUAGACGAAAAGUGUUAUUGCACUAAUCUACUAAUACCAAUUAAAGUUGACAUUGUUAGCUGCGAAGAAACUCUGCCAUAUAAAUACAGUGUUCUGCAUCUCUUCGAAAUAGGAUCCACAUGCACUGAAAAGCCGAAAAAUAUUUCGGAAUCGACCAUCGGUUGUUUCCCUCGCCCAACCAACAUGAAGGAAAUGACGUUAAAGAAGAUGGUUUCAUUCAAAAUGACUCGAGCGCUCUGCAUUGUCGAAUGUGAAAAAGGAAAAUUCACGUUAGCCAUUGUACCGCGACAUGGUGUAUGCAUUUGUACCAGUUUUGAUAAACUUUCAAUUGACCCACCGAAACAAAUUAUGAUGCAAUCAGUGCAUCCGAGAUUUCUUGAAACAUAUUCAUGUCGUUCGUCAACCGAGAUGGCUGUCUGGCGCACCCUUGUGGAAGAUUCGUGCGGUAGUAAAAGGUUUCUAAACCAAGAGUUUCCCCUGAAUAAAGUAGGCUUGGUAAGUCACCCUGGAUCUGGUAAUACUUGGGUUCGUUAUCUUCUCGAAGUUUCUACUGGAUUAUACACUGGAAGUUGGUAUAUAGACGAAGAUCUAUUCAGCAAAGGAUUUUUCGGUGAGGGUGAAUCGGCAAUGGAAGCCACUACACUUACAGUGAAGUUUCAUCCGUACUUUCAGAGAAAGGACGUUGACUUCUUUACUUUGUUCCCCAGGUACAUUUUAUUGCUAAGGAAUCCAUACGAGUCAUUCGUGGCAGAAUUCAACAGGUGGAACAGCGGUGAUGAUCAUACCGGAGUAGCGCCAGUUCAAGAUUUUUUAAGCCAAAAAUGGUUCCGAUACGUUGAAUAUUCAAGGAAAAUUUGGAUCGGAAAUUACACAAAUUUAGUCGAAAGAAAUAACAGCAAACUGAUAGUUUUGUUUGACGAUCUACAACUUGACCCAAUCACUGAAGUGCGAAAGAUGCUUAAAUUCAUUGGCGUGCAACCGCCAGACCUUGAAAACAGACUCGCCUGUUUGAAAAGAAACUUGGCGGGAAACUUCAAACGAAAGAAGAAAGUGUCGCUGGACCCGUUUGAUGAUAAUUUAAAAAAAGAUAUUAACAAAAUUAUACAACUACUACGGAGGAGAAUGAAAAGAAUGAAGCUAUGCCGACUUCCAGACUGGGAAAGACCACUAAGUAAUUAAAUGUGUGACUUAGAAAAUUUAGAUCAAUUUGCAAAUGUAUUAUUUAUUGCCACGAUUAUUCCACGCCGUAUUCAAAAACCGUUAUUUGAAAUGUAUAACCAAUACAGUUGUUACAUAAAUUAAAAUCAUUCUGAUUUUUAUCGCGUCUAUAUUGUCGAUGUAGUUUGGUUAAACAGACGUUCCAAUGUAUCUACACUUUAUAAUGUAUAGUGAAAAAAA